AUGUACUUAGGCUAUUUAAGAGAAGCCAAAGAACAAAUAAAAUUAUCACGUUUUUCAUUCUCAAUUCAUUGUUACACUGAAAUUGGUAUCAAAGUCUCAAUUGUGGUCUGUUCAGUGAGAAAGAAAAUAGAGAAUACAGAAGAUUCAAUAAUGACAGGAGAAGGGCACAACAUGUUAACCAUCCCCAAAUUUGAUGAGAACUAUGAGCACUGGAGCAUGCUAAUAGAAAAUUUGCUGAGAUCGAAAGAAUGGUGGAAUUUGACUAAAAUUGGCUAUGUUGAGCCAGCUCGAGGAAAAAUUUUGAAUGGAGCACAGAGACAAACUUUGGUGGAUCUCAAACUUACCGAUCUUAAAGUAAAAAAAUUAUCUAUUCCAAGCUAUAGAUAA